AUGAAGUCAGCUCGAGGCGGCAAGAACGCACCCCCAGUCCCCCAAUCACAACCCCAUCCUCAGCUCUCUUGCACCAGCCUCGACGACCUCUUUCCUCCCGAAAUCGUUUCCCAAAUCUGGCAUUCAUACGUCUCCAUUCCCGACAGCACCACCCUACGCACCCUCGUGCGCGUGUGCAAGUCCCUCUUCCACCGCUACACUCCAACGCUCUACGCCCACAUCGAGCUCAGCCACCGCAACGUGCUGUCCUUCUUCCACGGCCUCGGCGGAGAGUUCGGUCCUUCGGGGGCCGAUAUCUCUGGAAUCGAGCGUGUGCUCUGGUAUGAUCGGCGAGUGAGGAAAGGGUGUAUAGCGAGAAGGAUCGCUUUGCUGGGGAUGGUGGAGGAUGCAGUCGUCUGUGAUGGGGCAGCGUACGAGGCGUGUCUUCGAGCGCUCAAACGCCUAGAUGCUCUAGGUCUGCCAAAUGCCCCAGACCUCCGUCAAACUCCAGAACUCCGAAUGACGAGCUAUAAGCCCCAUGUGCUCUUUCCUGGUAUACACCUGAAGAUUGACCUAGAGUUUCGGGAUAAGGGAUCGCAUAGCUGCGGUCAUCUGAUAUUCGCCCAAGAGGCGCUGGCGUAUAUCCAGACAGGCCGGGAAGACAAUCCCCCCACAGGAGAUCCGCCUUUCAGCAGGCUGUGCUGCAACAAAGCAGCAAUGGUGUUUCAGUUUCCUCGCAGGAUCAGCUUGCUUUUGGUCGAGUAUGUCGCUGCUAUGGCUCAGGCGUACGAGGUCAGCGAUCUUGUGUUUGCGAAUCUGCUGCCGACAGAGAUUCAGAACCUUUCUGUCAACACCGAGUCUUUGUGCUUUGGUCUGAGGGAGAGGGAUAUAUAUGAUAUGGACUAUCAUAACAGUAUCGCUCUCGCAAUGGCCGCGCACUGUUCUUUACAACGAAGGCCCCAUUUCUGCGUCUACGUCGAAGACCGCGAAUACUCAUCGCCUCUAACGACUAUACGAGAUCAAGCUGUCCGGCUUGUCAACCAGCUGACGGCCGAGCCGCAAGACUUUCCGCUCUUCAGCCAGAAAGACUUGGAUGUAGUGGACAGGUCUAAUGUUACCUACUACGCCUUCAGAGACCAGUGA